GGAGUCUAUCAGAACAUCUUGAAGAGCCCCGCGCCAAUUUGCAUGUUCUACUUCUCACAUCCCUUCGGGAUUUCAUCACCAGUCGACGCGACAAGUGGAAAAUUGUCAAGCAGCCCCAAAGAUACGGAUUGCCCGAAGAGGUUGGCACGCAGAGGACGCAGAUUCGAGGGUGACCAAGCGAGAAAAACGCCUCUGAUCCCCUGGCCGAGGGACACUUGGCGCCGCGAGUUCUCCCUGCCGCCGCUCAUUCAGUUCAUCGCCCGGCGAAAUGGUCGCAAAGUGCCGGAUAUUGAGGGCGUUUUGAGCACAAUCAGACGCGCCUGGAACACUCCAAGUGAAGGACGUGGAUCGAUUUGUAGUGGAUUUCGUGACGAAACAUCAUCAGCAUCCGAUUGGGAUUUGGUCACGGUAUCGAGUGAUUUUCCGUGCUGUCGACACACCAUGGGCUCCGGCACCUUCGCCCUCACCAACGGCGGCGGACUGCUCAGGCGGCGCUACUCCGUCCCAGAGAUUAUCAUGAGAAAGCACUCGCUAUCGCAGCAGCGAUCUCUCGAGACGCGCGAGAGCGUGGCGUCAACGGCCCCAACGCCCCGCCACUCGCCCUUGAUGCGGUCGCCGGCCGACACGGGACGCCGUGGGGGAGGAUCCGACUCGAAUUUGUCGCGUGCCACGGCCAGCAACGACAUGAGGAAGUCCACGCUGCUGCGGCGCUUUUGGGGUCGCGACGCGCGGCGCGCGGACAUGGACUCGCGGUCUGGCAGUUGGUCACCGCCCGCGCGACGCUCGCAGCGGCGACUCCACUUCGACGCGCACCAGUGUGCCGAGUGCCAGAAGCUGAAUGGGACACAGACCAGCGGCAGCAGUAGCAGCAGUCAGAGCAGUGUGUUCCUGGCCAGCGGACGCACACCAUCGCUGGCAUCGCCCAAGAGGCUGAAGCUCAUGAGCACGCCGUCGGAGUCCGUGCGACAAGGAAUGGAGAGUGAGAUCACCGAGACGAGCAGUCAGUUGGCGAGGGACUCGCCCACGAGCGCAUCUUCAAGCAACGGGCGGAAGAACGUGAUGAUCUACAUGACGUCCCUGGAGACGGGCACGUCGCCGGAGAACAACAACCCCUCGGAAGAGUCCCUGCGGAUUGAGAUUGAGACGACGACGCUCACCUCGGGCGCGGGGGAUGAGAAUAUGAAUGGGCCGCCCACCACCACCACGGUCACACGCACCGAGAGGGUCAACAGACACCACUCGGAGGAGGAGAUGGAUCGAUACAUCUCCAAGUUGCUGAUUGACAGUCUCAAUAAUGUAAUUGAGACGUCUGCCACUGCUGAAUUAGUCACCACUGGAGAUUCUAAUGGAAAUGAGACGGGUGCCACCAGGGAAUCCACCGCCGAUGAGAAUCUCAACACUGUGGCGGACGCUGAGGAGACGGAGAAGGUGCAGGAGAGUCCUGAGGAGGUGCCCAUAUAUUUCCCGAGCUACUCAGCCGAGAGCAAGGGCGAUCUCUCGAGCUACACUUCGGCCUGCUCAGAGCCUGAACCCCAGGAGAUUGGCGCUGUGGGCACGGGCAGCUCCUACCCGGACAUUGAUUCUCACGGAGAACCUCUGCUCGUGCCUAGACUGUCCGCUUUCCCGCGCACAGAGUCCAUGGAAGUGCAGCCAUCGUCAGCUUCGGCCUGUGAAGACGCUGAUAACGCGGAAAAUCUUCCAGACGAUGAGGAUAGCGUGAGUCUGGUGGACAGUCUUGAUGAUCCCGACUCACCAGAUCACAAGUAUCACUCCACAGAAUCUCUGAGGCCACCAUCUUCGGGGGAAACGGCGCGAGAGGAGAAAUCCCCGUUCGUGCGCGAGAAAGGAGAGGCUUUCUUCGUGCCCAUGUCCGAGAGUCAAGUGCCGGUGGAUGAGCACAUAGUCGUGGCUGAUACGAUGCCUGAGAAGCUGAGGGAUAAGCUGGUAAGGCGCCAGAAGAGGCGAGAUAUGAAGAAGGAGCAGGAAUUGCGCCGCCGACAGAAGAUGCAGAAGUACAUUGAUCAGAAGCUGGAAGAGCGCCUGGAGGAGCUGCAGGUGAAUGGAAAUCGCAAUUCUCGAGCGAUUAUAGCCAAGAAGGAUAUUCCUGUGUCCACUCCCAGUGCGCCAGUGAAGCCAGUGAAGAAGAAUGUGCUGAGGACGGAGAUUGGAAUGCUGGAAUCGUACACAAUUGACUCCAGAGGGAAUAUGCAAUUCAAUCCUCCAGCAAAAGAGUCCUCGUCGAAGAGCACAAAGGCUCCCAUCGCCAAGAGGACGAGCAUCACGAGGAAGUUCACGAAAUCCAAGUCUGAAGAGCAUCCGGCGCCUGAGAAGAAGUUCCAGGUGAAGAAAUCCGCGUCGGACACGCUUCCGAGGCGCGGGAAAGGAGUGAGAAAGGAUGUGCAGCACAUGACUCUCUAUCAGACGGCAGACUUGACUCCUGACACUGAAGGUGGACCGCGGAGAAUGUAUCAGAAGACAGAAAUUCAGGAUGGGGAGAAAAGGAUUGAGAUUCUGGAGAUUGUGGAGUGUCUGGACACUUCUCCGGAGAAUUCUCCGCUGACUUAUCGCGUUGGCAAGUCACUGAGGCGAUCUAGGAUUCCGGUGCCCAUUUACAAAUCUGCCCGGAAGACGAAUGGAACGGUGUCACCACGCACUGUUGCCAGCACGAAGGUGGACAAAUUGAUAGCCGAUCUCCUGAUUGAGGCGCUGAACAAUCCUGUGGAUCUGGGAAUAGAGUUCGUGCCAUCGCCAAAGAUUGAGAAAGCAGUGAAUGGGAAGAGGAACGGCGUGAAGAAGAGAUCAGCCAACAGUGGAAUUAAGUAUCAUCAAGUGUUUGAUGUGAUUCCUGAGGAGAGGAGCAGCUUUUCCCUGGACUCGUCGAAUGAGGAAUCUGGAACGACUCACAAGUCCCGAGUGGACAGUGGUCAGGGUGCCUCAGCGAGGAGCUCAUCGAAGCAGGAUUCCGUGAAGACGAAGGAGGACGACAAGGAGAUCGAAGAGAUCCAAGAGACCUCAAAGGAACUAGAGAAAUUUGCGCCGGACGAUAAGAGUCAGGCGAAUCGCGGCAGGGCAGCUUUGGAGAGUGACACGUGGCUGGGAUUCUUCAAGCCACACGAGGAGUCGUCGGCUGAAGGUAUGCUGGAAUCAUCUCGCACUCAUCACUUCUGCCCACUUCAUUCAUGUCAUCUCAUGCUGACACCCUCAUCAGACACCCUGACCACAGUUUCCUCCGUUUUGCACAAUCCCACGAUGACCUUCUACUCCCCAGACACUGUCCAGGCACUCGAAUCCCUCCCGGACGCGACCACGCACCACACGAGCAGCUGCGGCUCCGACAACAUCCUCACGGUGAUUGAGGAGGUGCACCCGAGUCCAUUACCUCAGCCACAUGAUUCUGUUUCAGGUGCACUGGCCAAGAUUGAGCCGCCCAAAGAACCCAUCGACUCCAGCUCCUUUGUCAUCAUUCCGGCCGCGGAGAAGGCUCCCGAGCCGGCGCCAAAGGAGCCUCCGGAGCCAGAUUCCGCCAAGUCUUCGGUGCGAACGCGCGACGUGUGCAAAGAUUGCUGUUUCUGCAACCCAGAUCUGCACAAGAAGGCCUCUCCCGAGGACACCACGCGCUCCUGCCACUUUUGCGACCGAAAACGGCAGACGAGCGCCCCCAAGAAGGCGGAAGAGGAGCCCCAGAGUGGCUACGAGACGGCCAAGAGUCACCACUACUACGAAGUCAUGUCCAAGUCUGACCAUCAGCACACAAAGACCAAGUCCAAGGAUCCAGAGACAAUCAGCACGCGGUGCGUGAAGACCAACGAGAGGAUCCAGAGAUUUGUGUCGUCUCCCGAAGACGCCAGGUCCAGCAAAGGGAAGAUUAAUCGCCCCAAAGAUGUGCCGCAGCCCAUCUCCAGAGGAUCAGCGGUGAGAGUGGUGAAGGAUGAGGUGGAGGCGACUGGGAAGAAGAUAAAGUUCCCCAGUCCCUACACUGUCCUGUCCUCGCCGCAGAGCUACGACGACGGCUCCUCCUGCUCAGAGGACGCGGAUUCUAGUCCGCCGGCGCCGCGAUUGAAUCCCAUGCGCAGCCGGUGGGCCAACUCCAGCCGCUACGCCGGACGAAAGUCCACAAACAGCCGUGUGAACCACCCCAAAUCCUCGUUCGCCUCCACCUCGAGCAGCACGACGCCGGGAGCCAAUGCAGGUUGGUCAGUCACUGUGGCUGGCAACUAUCAUCCCCAGCUGGCGCCCGAUGUCGAGAUGCGCCUCAGCUUCCCCAAGACCGUCACGGAGAGCGCCCAGCCGCAGCCUCCGUCCACCACCACGACCAACAGGGAGUUCUACGAGAUGACACCGCCGCCGGCUCACGAUGCCCGCUCGCGAGCCGCUCUGCCGCCCACAAAUGCGCACACGCUCAAUCCCAAGCGAAGCCUCACGAAAGUCACCCCGGCGCCGUCAGCUAAUGGCAGGAAUUACCGCUUUCCGGAAGUCAACACAGCCACCAGCCAAGCCGUGUCGCGGCAAACGGCCAAGAAGGCAAUUAAGCGGGUGGAGUGCAGCGUCGCCGUCACUUCCGCCACUCGCACCAUUUCCAAAUUCAGCCGAGCCCAGCGCGCCAUGUCCUUCCAGUCUCUCCACCCCGCCAUCGAGGACUCCUUCAGGCACCGCGACGGAUCGGUCGGAAACCUCUCCAGCCGCCGCUUGUCGCUGGACGGCAGCCAGUCGGACGACGUGGCCAGUCUCAGCAUCAUGGGCAACGCCAUCGCGCCUGAGAUCAAGCCCCGCGUGCCCACAAUGAGUGAGAAAGACCUCACGAGGCGCCACAGCUCCUGCUUCACCAGAAACAGAUCCUAUUUGACGUAGAAGCGAGCAUUUCGAUGUGAACAAGCACAGAAAAUAUAGAUAAUUUAGGGAAUAAAUGUAGGGAAAUUUGCAAUUGCCACACGCAACGUGAGAGGAAAGAAGGGCCAUUUCAUCCGAUUGUCACUAAUCAAUGUAUCGUGUUGUGCCAGAUCUUGUGAGAUGUUUCAGUCUGUCUAGCAUAAGUUCUUUCAAUCAAAAACUGUCCUAUAAUUUGACUAAAAAGACUCAAAAGUCGCAGAAACUGUCUAUAUAUUGAUUUGAUAAAAACAUCCACUAAGAAAAUAAAGAGGUUUUCCAUGCAAUCGCUUUUAAUUGAAAUACAAAGAGAAGAGAAUAUUGGAAAAAUUCGAAAACUUUUAUUGUAAUUCUACAAAUUCGUGAAAAGUGUGAAAAUCAAAGUCUGACAUUUCCUUAGUUCUAUUAAUGUACUUGAAAUAAUAGUCAAAACUGUCUAAAUCAUAUUUUUGAAAACUUCCGAACGCUUUCACGGAGUUUAGCAUGUCUUUUGUACUGAUUCUGAGACUCUUUCGUGUACACUUAUCUCUGUUAACAGUCUUGCCAUUUCUGGUGAGAGACGCUGAUAAGUGUUCUCUUUGCAUGCUCUCUGACUCAAAUGUGCAAUUUCAUAUCUUUUCCUAUUCCUUUCAUAAACAACUAAACAUUGCGACGCUAUAUUUUCCCAUUGCUCUAUUCUCGGCUAAUAUAAUUCGCGCUCAAGUGACAUCGAAAGUGUGUUUGUGAAGCAAUGUGCAGUCAUCGCGUGUCAAAGACCAACUCUUUCGCCCAGUGUUUCACUUUGUGAAUUCAUUGGGUGACCGAAUUACAUAUUCACCCCCGAAAAGAGACCUCAAAUCAGCACCCCUAAAAACCUCUCAUUGUCGCUG